AUGGCUGUUCCAGAAGUGAUGGCAUUCAUAGCAAUUAUCAUCUGGCGAGGGGUGAAGAAGGUUCCAUCCUUGUCUGACAACUGGUCCAAGAUGUAUGGAAACAAAGAGAUCAUGGCAACAAUGGCUAGAGACCGCUUCCAAGAAAUCAUGCAACACCUUCGCUUUGAUUGCAAGGACACCCGGCAUGAGCGAGUGCAGUCAGACAGGUUUGCAGCAAUUUCAGAACUAUGGGAAUCAUUUCGGAAGAACUGUGUCAAAUUCUACAGACCUGGUCGGCACAUCACCAUUGACGAACAGCUGUACCCAUCAAAAACACGUUGCCCUUUUCUGCAGUACAUUGCCACAAAACCAGAUAAGUUUGGAAUAAAAUUUUGGGUGGCGUGCGACCUGAAAUCCAAGUAUAUCUGCAAUGUUUAUCCCUAUGUUGGCAAAGACCCCAGUCGUCCCAAAGAAGAGAGACUGUCUGAGAGUGUGGUUAUGAAGUUGAUUGAACCAUUUCUGGAUCAGGGCAGAACCGUCACAACGGACAAUUUCUUCACGUCAAUUUCACUUUCCAAAAAGUUGCUCAGCCGGAAAACCACCAUCAUUGGGACAGUCAAUAAGAUUCGCAGAGAAAUUCCUCCUUCUGCGAAAGUGAAAAACUGCAGUGAGUUCAGCACUCAGGUGUUUACAACAACUAACGCCACAUUGACUGUUUACGCAGCCAGCCGGAAGAAGACGGUCUAUGUCAUGAGCAGCAUGCAUGGGCUCAUUCAGACUGAGGACACACACAAAAAAAAACCAACCACCAUCACCCAGUACAACAAAACAAAAUGUGGGGUGGAUUCCAUGGACCAGAUGGUGCGGGAAUACUCCGUACGAGCUGGAACAAGAAGAUGGCCAGUGGCUGUGUUCUAUAACAUGGUGGACAUGGCAGCCCUGAACGCCUAUGUGCUUUAUCAAGCCUGCACAGGAAGAAAGGAAAGGCGGCCAGAUUUUUUGAUGCAGCUUGCCAGUGAGUUGGCCGCGUCUCACGUGACAGCGAAGCAGAUUGAAAGGGACAACGGUCUUCGCAAACAGGCUGCUGAACCAGAGGAACCUGCCAAAAGGAAAAAGUGCCAAGUCAGGAACCAGUGCAGAAAGAACCUUGCUGCAAAAAGAUGUGUUGAAUGUAGCAAGUUCACAUGUGGAAUGUGCAAAAAAGAAGAGCCAUGGCGCUGCAAGGUCUGCGCAGACUAAGGACAGUUUAUUGUGUUGUG